GCAUAUAAAAGAUAGCCAAAUGAAAUAUCUGCUUUAAUGUAGCAACUUGUGACCUCGGCAGAUGUUGGCUAAAAGUUUAGGUGCAGCCAUCUUUUCGGUAUUAUCUGUGAUGAAAUGUAACUCAGUGAUCUUACCUGCAAUAAACUGAUCGAGUUUCACUCUGAAGGCUCGAACGUCAGCAGCAGCUGGUGCGGGGAUGUGGGAUUUUCCAGUCUAACCGCUCCUUGAACAACCCAAGGAGACACUGCGAAUCUCGCUAAACUUCAAGCUGUUGGAUAAUCUGUUGGAAUUUAUUGGAAAUCGCUUUCGUUCGUCUCCGGAGAGCAAAACAAAAGAUUAAUUUGUUAUUUCUGAAAUACAGCCGUUUUUGCUGAGGAGAUUGAUUGACGCAGACCGAAGGGCUACAGAAUGAGAAGAUGGCAUGUUACCUCAUUCAUCCGGGGCCUGACAGUCUACGAAAAUUCACCAGAGAGUCUUUGGCUGAAAUUGAGAAAAGAAUUACUACGGAAAAAACUGAAAAGGCAACAAAACCUCCGAUAGACGAUGAAGAUGAAAAACCCCAACCCAAAAGUGACCUAGAGGCUGGCAAACCAUUGCCAUUUAUUUAUGGAGACCUCCCCCCAGAAUUAAUUGCAGAGCCUCUGGAAGAAUUAGACCCAUUUUACGGCACAAAGAGAACAUUCAUAGUCAUAAACAAGGGGAAUACCAUCUUUAGGUUCAGUACAACGCCUGCAUUAUACAUGUUGAAUCCCUUUCACCCCCUCCGGAGAGCUGCCAUCAAAAUCCUUAUCCAUUCAUUAUUUAGCUUAUUCAUCAUGUUUACAAUUUUAGCAAACUGUGUGUUCAUGACAAUGAGUGACCCAGCGCCUUGGACUAAAAAUGUAGAGUACGUAUUCACCGGGAUUUAUACUUUUGAAGCAAUGAUAAAGGUAUUUGCCCGAGGAUUUGUCAUUGAUGACUUUACGUUUCUUCGUGAUCCAUGGAACUGGCUGGAUUUUAGUGUCAUCACAAUGGCGUAUGUCACUGAAUUUGUGGAUUUGGGUAAUGUCUCUGCUCUAAGAACGUUUAGAGUGCUCCGGGCACUGAAAACCAUCACAGUUAUUCCAGGGUUAAAAACAAUUGUUGGAGCUCUCAUCCAGUCAGUGAAGAAAUUAUCAGAUGUGAUGAUUCUGACAGUUUUCUGUUUGAGUGUAUUUGCACUUGUUGGUCUUCAGCUCUUUAUGGGAAAUUUGAAACACAAAUGUGUGAUAUGGCCACCACCAGCCAAACUGCUAUAUAAUUACACCUUCAUAGGGAAUGUGUCAGGGAUGGACAAUGAUAGCCUGAUCAGUACAGAAUUCGACACAAAAGCCUACCUUGAAAAUGAAGCAAACCAUUACUUUCUAGAAGGCUCUCCUGAUGCUCUCCUGUGUGGGAAUGGCACAGAUGCCGGGAGAUGUCCUGAUGGUUAUAUGUGUUUUAAGACUGGGAGAAAUCCAAACUAUGGUUACACCAGCUAUGAUACUUUUAGUUGGGCAUUUCUAUCACUAUUCCGGCUCAUGACACAAGACUACUGGGAAAAUCUCUUCCAGUUGACUCUCCGUGCUGCUGGAAAAACCUAUAUGAUCUUCUUUGUGGUCAUCAUUUUCAUUGGGUCUUUUUAUCUGAUCAACUUAAUCCUGGCUGUGGUGGCAAUGGCUUAUGCUGAACAAAAUGAAGCCACACGCCUGGAAGCUGAGGAGAAAGAGAAAGAGUUUCAAGAGAUUUUGGAAAACAUAAAGAAACAUCAAAAAGAACAAGAAGCUCUGUUACAUGCUUCCAAAGAACACUUUGGGAGCCACUACUCAUUGUCAAGUGACAGAAUGCAGAAGAAAGAUGGUUCUGACAAAUACCCCACCAAGUAUGAGCACGGAACUAAGGGAGGCGAGAGUCAGCGAGGGUCACUAACAAUUCCACAAGCCAAACCAUCAAUCAUCAUUACAAUUAAUGGAGUUGUUUCUCAAGAUGGUGAAAGUGGCAUAGCACCUAAUGGCAGAGUUGUGCCAUCUACUGUUACAAACAAGGGGGACAGGAAUGAAAACGUAGCUGGCAUGGAUAUUGAAGAUAAGACUUCUGGAUCCAAACGUACCUCCACAUUUCUGGAAGAGCCGCCACCGCCAAUGAGAGCCGGGAGUGUAGCCAGUAUGUACAGCAGCGCCAGGCUGGACGAGCUGGAAGAAGCACAGCAGCGUUGCCCACCCUGGUGGUAUAAAUUUGCCAAAAGGUUUCUAAUCUGGGAUUGCUGUCUGCUGUGGAUAAAAUUCAAAGAAAUCUUGAAGAUUAUUGUGAUGGACCCAUUUGUGGAUCUGGGAAUCACUAUUUGCAUUGUGCUGAACACUCUCUUUAUGGCAAUGGAGCACUAUCCCAUGACUGAAACUUUUGAAAACAUGCUCUCUGUUGGAAAUUUGGUAUUCACAGGGAUUUUCACAGCUGAAAUGGUGUUCAAAUUGAUAGCUCUGGAUCCCUAUUACUACUUUCAAGUUGGUUGGAACAUAUUUGACAGCAUCAUUGUGACUCUCAGCUUGGUAGAACUAGGACUGGCUAAUGUGCAAGGAUUAUCGGUGCUCCGUUCAUUCAGAUUGCUGAGAGUUUUCAAACUUGCAAAGUCUUGGCCAACCCUGAACAUGCUGAUCAAGAUCAUUGGGAACUCAGUGGGUGCACUGGGGAAUCUGACGCUCGUCCUUGCCAUUAUCGUCUUCAUCUUUGCUGUGGUAGGAAUGCAGCUCUUCGGCAAGAUGUACAAGCAAUGUGUUUGUAAGAUUUCAGAUGACUGCACCCUCCCACGCUGGCACAUGAAUGACUUCUUCCACUCAUUUCUGAUUGUGUUUCGCAUUCUUUGUGGAGAAUGGAUAGAGACAAUGUGGGAUUGCAUGGAGGUAGCAGGACAGCCCAUGUGCCUCAUUGUUUUCAUGAUGGUCAUGGUGAUUGGUAACCUGGUGGUGCUUAACCUCUUCCUGGCUUUGCUGUUAAGCUCCUUCAGUGCAGAUAACCUCUCAGCACCGGAGGAUGACUCAGAAAUGAACAAUCUGCAAAUUGCACUCAACAGAAUCACCAGGGCGAUAGAUUUUGUGAAAGGCUUUAUUUUCAGUAUCUUUCGAAGAAAGAAACCUGACCAGGAAGAGAAACAAUUAGAUGACUUGUCUUCUUCGAAAACUGGGGCUCUUGACUUUAACCACACAGACACAGAAACUGGAAAGGAGGAGCGCUCUAAACUUGAUGGGGUUACCACAACAAAAGGGAAAUAUCUUCAAGAUAAAGAUGAUCAUUUGGUCCUCUUGGCCAAUGCUCACUUGACUGUUCGUGUUCCUAUUGCUGAGGGUGAAUCUGAUGCUGAAGAGGAGGAACAAAGCUCUGAAGACACUGAGGAUGUCAACAUGGAUCAGGACCUAUUGCCAGUUAAAGAUGAAAUUCCCAAACCAAUUAAAUUGAAUAUAGAUUCUUCUCAGUGCAGCACCGUGGAUCUGAAAGCUCAGGAGGAAGAGGUGGAGGAGGUUGCAGAAGAAAAUCCUGAGAAUAAUGAACCAGAAGCAUGUUUGACAGAUGGCUGUUUGAGAGUCUGUCCUUGUCUUGAUAUCGAUAUAAAGAGUGAUCGAGGAAAGAUGUGGUGGAUUCUGAGGAAAACCUGCUUCAGGAUAGUGGAACACAACUGGUUUGAAACAUUCAUUAUUUUUAUGAUCCUGCUGAGCAGUGGUGCCCUGGCUUUUGAAGACAUUUACAUUGAGGACAGGAAAGUGAUUAAGACCCUGCUUGAAUAUGCUGACCAAGUAUUUACAUACAUCUUUGUGAUUGAAAUGCUGCUCAAAUGGAUUGCAUAUGGAUUCAAAACAUAUUUCACCAAUGCAUGGUGCUGGUUAGACUUCAUGAUUGUUGAUGUGUCUUUGAUCAGCCUGACUGCAAAAAUCCUUGGCUAUGAUGAAUUAGGACCCAUUAAAUCCCUGCGGACUCUGAGGGCCCUGAGACCUCUGCGAGCUUUGUCCAGGUUCGAGGGAAUGAGGGUGGUUGUGAAUGCACUGGUUGGUGCCAUCCCAUCCAUCAUGAAUGUGCUCCUGGUUUGUCUCAUCUUCUGGCUGAUUUUCAGUAUUAUGGGAGUCAACUUGUUUGCUGGAAAGUUUUACAAAUGCAUUAACACCACAAACUCUGAAAUAUUUCCCAUUGACCAAAUAAACAACCGCAGUGAUUGCAUGGAUUUCAGCUCAGAGAGGCCAGGCGAAGUGCGAUGGGUCAACUUGAAGGUUAACUUUGACAAUGUUGGUCAAGGAUAUCUAUCUUUACUUCAAGUGGCAACCUUUAAAGGCUGGAUGGCUAUAAUGUACGCAGCUGUUGACUCCCGCGAGAUGGAACAGCAGCCAUCGUAUGAAAUUAAUCUGUAUAUGUACAUAUACUUUGUCAUCUUUAUCAUCUUUGGGGCAUUCUUCACUCUCAAUCUCUUUAUCGGUGUAAUUAUUGACAAUUUCAACCAACAGAAGAAAAAGUUUGGAGGAAAAGAUAUCUUUAUGACAGAAGAGCAGAAAAAAUACUACAAUGCUAUGAAGAAGCUUGGCUCAAAGAAACCGCAAAAACCCAUCCCAAGACCAAAUAAUAAAUUUCAAGGAGUAUUCUUUGAUUUUGUCAGCAAGCAAGCCUUCGAUAUCUUCAUCAUGAUUCUCAUCUGCCUCAACAUGGUAACUAUGAUGGUAGAAACAGACGACCAAAGUGAAGAAAAAACCAAUAUUCUUUACUGGAUCAACGUGGUGUUUAUUGUUGUAUUUACAAGUGAAUGUGUGCUCAAGAUCAUUGCUUUAAGAUACUAUUACUUCACCAUUGGCUGGAACAUUUUUGACUUUGUUGUGGUGAUUCUUUCAAUUGUGGGUAUUAUGUUGGCAGAUAUAAUAGAGAAGUACUUCGUAUCGCCUACCCUGUUCAGAGUUAUUAGACUGGCCAGGAUCGGUCGUGUCCUACGACUUAUCAGAGGAGCUAAAGGAAUUCGAACUCUCCUAUUUGCCUUGAUGAUGUCACUUCCUGCUUUGUUCAACAUCGGCCUUUUGCUCUUUCUGGUGAUGUUCAUCUAUUCCAUUUUUGGGAUGUCCAAUUUUGCCUAUGUGAAGAAGGAAACAGGCAUUGAUGACAUAUUCAAUUUUGAAACUUUUGGCAAUAGCAUGAUCUGCCUGUUUCAGAUCACCACCUCAGCUGGGUGGGAUGGUCUGCUCUCACCCAUCAUGAACAGCGGACCCCCUGAUUGCGAUCCCGACGUGGCUAAUCCGGGGACCGAUGUCAGAGGGAAUUGUGGAAAUCCGCCGGUCGGCGUCGUCUUUUUUGUCUCCUACAUCAUCAUUUCCUUUCUGAUUGUGGUGAACAUGUACAUUGCCAUCAUCUUGGAGAACUUCAACGUGGCCACUGAGGAGAGUGCCGAACCACUUUGCGAGGACGACUUUGAAAUGUUCUACGAAGUCUGGGAAAAGUUUGACCCGGAGGCCACGCAAUUUAUCGAGUAUGCCAGGAUGUCGGACUUUGUCGACACGCUGCAAGAGCCAUUGCGAAUUCCCAAACCAAAUAAGAUCAAGUUGAUUACCAUGGACCUACCGAUGGUGUCAGGUGACAAAAUCCACUGUCUGGAUAUCCUGUUUGCGUUGACCAAGGAGGUGCUGGGUGAAUCUGGAGAGAUGGAUGCUCUGAAGGAGUCUAUGGAGGAGAAGUUCAUGGCUGCCAAUCCUUCCAAAGUCUCGUACGAGCCCAUAACCACCACUCUUCGGCGGAAACAAGAGGAGGUUUGUGCAAUCAAAAUUCAGCGAGCAUUCCGGCGUCACUUGUUGAAACGCUCUGUCAAACAUGCAUCCUAUUUGUACCGCCGUAGCGCAACUGAUGCAAUUCUGCCUGACGAACAGGCUCCGGAAAAAGAAGGACUACUCGCUGCUCGGCUGAGUCAAAACUAUGGUGUAUACCAACCUGGUACAGAAGGUCCACCACCCUUAGCUCUGGAAGAAGCAACAACUCCUAUAGAAGUAUUAGCAACCCCCACAGAAGGGACGAAUUCCACAGAAGAAGCAAUGACUCCUACUGAAGGAGCAACGACUUCUACAGAAGUAAUAGUGACGCCCACAGAAGGAAUUCCUAUAGACACAGCAGCAACUCCUCUAGAAGCACCAGCAACAGAUGCAGCAGCGACUCACCUGAAAAUGGCAGUUACCCCUCUGGAAGCAGCCAUAACCCCACUAAAAGCUGCAGUUACUCCUCUAGAAGCUUCUGCCACUGCAGCUGUACCAGUAGACUGGAUUCCUGAAACAGAAGACAUUAGAGAGUCAAUUGUAUAAUUGGGGUUGAAAGUGCUUGUAACAAAUCAAGCUUACAAAACACAGCACAAGGUGCCAAGGUGUCUAAGCACUAGUGCCUUCAAGAUGCUACUCCGUCUCUAAUUUUUGAGCACUGAGAUUGCAGUCUACAAAUGGGAAGUGUAUUGUGCAACUGAUCUUUGCAGUACAAGCCAGGAGGACCUACAGUACGUUGACAGCCCUUGAGCCAGAGAAAAAUGCCAUCUUUUAAAAAGAAUCUCUCUAACAUUCUUGACUGUAAUCAACACUAUGACAAAGUGCUUAGUUACACCUCGAAUAUGCAUCUCUCGAGUCUCAUAAUUUGCCUCAUGUAUAAGAAAGUAACAUAAACUGUCGCUGUCUGUAGAGAGAUGUUUUGAACUAUACCCUUAUCUUCAGGAAAGUGCGGUUGAUCCUUGUACAGUGAUUGGAUUUAUUUCAGAUAUGCUGAUUUUAAUUAACACUGAACAUUAACCAGGUUGCCUUUUGAUAGUCACGGAAGCAAAAUCAUUAUCACACGGUAGGUUAGCCCAAAGAUCAUUUCUUCAGUUUCGUUUCAAAGCUGUUCAACUUAAAAAUCCAUUUACUUCUUUCAAUACUGCGUGAUUACUAAUCAAAUAAAUGACACAUUUAAAAUAUAUGCAGCAUUCAGAUUAUCUCUGGAGAUGAACUUUCAUAUAGUACAUUUUUUGUACGAAUCAAUUCAAAAUGAAAAGCUACUUAUUUAAUAGCUCUGUUGUAAUCUUUUUGAAACUCAGCUGGUCGGAUACUAUUUUAAAUAUAAUAAUUUUUGCAUGCUGCAAGACACUAAAAUAGAUUGGCAUUCAACAAGUCUCUCAAUUACCGUUCUUCAGUGUAAAUGCAUGAGACGAUGACACAGUUCAGUCUGCAGUAUGUGGAGCCCAAUAUGGUACAUUAGCACGUCAGGAUAGAUAUUGUUACUGCUAUAAUGAUUUUUACUGCCUCCGUGCAUACUUACAAAAUUCUGAGUCCUUCCUUUUGUUCAAAGCAAAGUAACAAUUAAAUUCUGUUGCUACUUUACCGGGAAGGACAGUUCUUUUCUUAGAUGAACGUAAAACAUGGAUAAAACACCUCAUUGAUUCGAAAGUGUUGAUUCAUUAACACUUUGUUUUCAAUCAGUUAAUUGCUCAGAACAACCUUGAAUACUGUCUUAGUGAAUAUAUUAAAGAAGAUUUGCACAACUUUAUUUGAUGUAGAUUCUGGACAGCGUCAUUAAUCUCUGCACUUUCAGCUUAUACUGCAGUGAGAAAUUGGCUUGAAAGUUAAAGCUGGAAGAUCUUUUAAAACAGAUUUCAAAAAUGAGGCAAAUUUGGAACUCUUUCCAUUUGUUUCUCCAUAGUACGGGAUAUCCCAUUAAAACGAGAGAGCUGCGUGGUAUGCACCCAGCCUGAAAGAAAGUUUUGUUUUAAAUUGAUGUUACUAUGGGUAAGAAAAGACCCUCAGAAUCUUUAUUUAGCUUAUCACUUUUCUGGCUGAUUUCAAGCCUGUCCAUCCACAAUCUCUUUCCCCGCUUCCUAGGAUAAGUAACAAAUCAGAGACCUGUAGCUAAUCGAGGCUUACUCUGAUAAUAAUCUCUGACCUCCUAUAGGCAAUCAACAUGUUCUAGGUGCUCUAAGAUGGCACAUAGUUUUCCAGAUUGUUUGACUCAUGCCUUCCAUAUAUCAUUGUUGCCUUAUUCUUCAGAAAGCCACCUUUCCUGGAAAUCCAAGGAAUCUGGUCGACCACACAACUACUGGAAUCUUCUGCCACAAUUUUCUCCUCUCUAGAAAAGAUAAACAAUCAACCUCACACCCUGCUUUCUAGUUUAUAGAGUUGGCACCCGAUAAUGGUUUACCCCAUCACCUCAACAUAGUUUCAUUAAUAACAAUUUUCAUAUAGGAACAUCAGGAGCUGGAGUAGACCAUUCAGCCUUUCAAGGCUGUUGUUCAUUCGAGUAGAUUGUCAUUUGUCUACACCUCAACUCUACUGUUCUCCCUUUGGUCCAUGUAUUCCAGAUACCAUUAGCUAAUUAAAAAAUCUACCCCUCUCAAUCUUGAAAGGUUCAGUUUUCCUUGCAUUUAGUCUUUGGAGAGAAUUCAAGGUGUGCACUACCUUUAGUGUAAGAAAUUGGUCCUUGAUUUUGCUUCUAAAUGGCCUAGUUUUAAUAUUGGCAUUACUCCUUUUGUUCUUGAUUAUUCAAGAGUUCAUUGUUUCUCCAUCCCUAUUCUACCCCUCAACUUGUAAUAAUCCAGGGAAUAUAAUUUAAUUCGAUGCAACCUAUCCCCAGAUGGAAUCUGACCAUCACUCCUGUUCAUGGGUUUGUAACAGUGAGGAUCCUCAGAGCAACAAUGUCUUUGACCAAAAUAUUUGGAAAAUGUGGGGGUUUAAGGUCAACAAGUUCAUAUAGAAUUUUCAGUGUGUGAGAAGUGUCACAUUGAAAAUGUUGGACAUUUUACCAGUGUGUUACUUGAGCUCUUUUGACAGGACAAAAUAUUAUCAACAGAGCCAUGUAUUGUGACGCAGCACUUUAAUCACUUUCUGGUCAAUCUGGAACAACCCACUUUUAAACUUGAAUUUGAACAAAAUGCAAGGAAGAGGUUUUGCAAACAUUCACACUGCACCUGAGAUCAAGUCUGUGUCGUGCAAACUUGCCCAGGAAACAUGCUGGUUUUAAUGCUGAGUUUGCAGAUCAGGUUAAAUCAAUACACUACUCUAGUAUUAACUAGAGACUAAGAUAGGGAUUGCUAUCUAAAGUCUGCUUUCAGAUCAUUAUCUAGAACGUCCUCAAGGGCAGCCAACAGCAGUUCGAUUUUUUUACCAUGGUGUCUGGUGAUUACGGAGGCAAGAUUCAUUAGGGAUAGUAUUUUUGUGCAACAGUGCUGAACAUGUGAUAGUGAGUUGAAAGACCAUUUACAUCUCUUCCCAACUUCAAUGGAAAUAAAACUUGGGAGAGGCAUAAAAGGGGAAGCUAAUUUACAACACAAUCAAAAUUAGCCUUACUGAAUCACUAAAAUUAUCAAUGAAAUUUCUUCUACGGCAAAGUAUCUGUCAGAAAUCUUGACCAUGAUCCUGUCCUUUGUCCUGUCACAUUUAGAUUUGAUUUAGGAUAAAGGUGGUAACCCUAAGUAAUUCACUGUUUAUACAAUGAGGACCUGCCCCUUAUCCUGGCUGGCACUUAAUGCCCAUUCAAAUUAAGGCAGAAUGAUAUGGCUGAAGAAACAGCAGUAAUUCUGUUUGUUAUGGUUUUAUUACUGUUGUUUUGAAUGAUUAUGCUGUGCUUAUAUGAAUAAAUCCAAUAAAAUAACACUAUAUCUAUAUAAACUGAACUUGGCAUAAAGAACUGCCAAAUGAUUAAAAAAAAGGGGCAAAUGCUCAAGUGAUGUGCUCAAUGACGCAAAUGUGAAAUUAUUUGAUUUUCAUCAUGUUCCCAUUCAUUUCCUUAGUUAUUCUUAUGUCAUUUAAAUUUCUCAAUUGAAGAUUGGAAUUGUAUCUGAAGCUCAUAGUCUUAUUUUUGCAGAAGGUUAGCCCGCAUUGUGAUAAUUCCAAUUACUGGCAAAAUGACACUGCUUACAAUAUUCUCAAAGUUGAGAAAUAAUUCCUGUGCACAUGGCAAAAUGUCUUUAUAUAUAUUUAUUUAUAUAUAUAUAUAAUUGUAUCAGGCAAGCUUUUGUUUGUAAAUAUUAUUUAAUUCUUGUUCAUUAACAACAUGUGGCACAGCUGUUUUAUUUUUCAUUUAUAACUGAGCCCAAAAACCUUUGUUGAUAGGCAGAACAAAAGAUCACUAAUGAAGAUGCACAACAGUACAUUCUACCCUGUUAUGACUAGGUAGUGCGUAUGAUGGAUUUGAUUAAACCAUUCAAGUAAUGCAUCAACUUCUAUUCUGAUCAUCCCUCAUGCUUGUUUUCUUUUAUUGAAUUUUGUGCAUUGUGAACCAGUUUCAGGGGAAAGUAAAGUUUCUUGGAGUGAAGAGAUGAUCUAGGCCAGUCACUGAUGGGUAUACAAAGUCUGCAGUCAGGCCUGCUGGUCAGGCAGAAAUGAGGGGAAUGAGAAUGAAUGCACCAAUGUCUCCUCCACAAAAUAUCAAAAUGCCUGGAAUAUGGAAAGGCUGUUUGCCUAUCAAGAUCACUCCACUCACUUCAUCAGCUUCACUCUAUUCAGAAAGUUCAGAAAGACCAUUAAGAGCCAUAAAUAGGUUGAUCUGGCACAUAGACCAGUUGGCCAAACAGCAUGUUCACAGUGUGCUUACAUGUAAUAAUUAUUCUUUCAUGGCAACAUGCCACUUUAUAUUAAUUCACUUUUUUAGACGCAUUGACCAUUUCCCUUACCUUCCUGCAGUUCCAUAUCUUCUCAUUAAUUUUCUCAUGAUAUUAAACCAAUAGGAUAGAAUUCAUAAAUGUAUACGGUCUGUGGAAGUCGUAGGUUCAAUGGCCGUUUCUAAUUCCAUCCUUGCUGUUUUUAUGAGAAACAGUCAUUAACCUAAGGACUUCACAAAAUAUUUCUUUGCUGCUGAUAAAUACGUUUUGUUUUUGUACAGAUCUCAUGUACAAUCAGGCUCAGAAACCAUACAGCCUUGCACACUAGUCAAGUGACAAAUCAAAAUCACCAUCCUAAAGUCAACUUAAAAUUAAAUAGAGAAUAGUAUAUUUCUCUUGCAAAUAUUUUACCAGUUAUUAUUUCAUACUGAGCGAUGAUACUAGUGAGGGCUUCUGAGUAAAGAAAUUCAGCAGGAGCUUGCCAGUGUGGGGACAAUUGGUCAAAUAACCUCCUUCUGUGUGGUAACAAGUUUUGAUUCUGAAAAUAAUCAAGAAAAAUGUGGACAAACCGUCUCCAAUGCUAGUGUUUUGGUUACAAAACCAAUUUAGGGUAACUGACAGAAGGAUCAGGGAGGCACAUCAGUAUGAUUGCUGGUCUGAAUGUUAGUACUACCUGGAAUACUCUGCCUGCCUGGAUGGUAGAAGCAGAUUCACAAGUAACUUUCCAAACCAAAUUGGAUUAAUAUUUAAAAAAGUAAAAAAUUGCAGGGCUGUGGAGAAAGUGCCAACAAAUGCAAAAUAACUGGAUAGCCAGGGCAGGCAUAAUAGACUAAAUAGCCUCCUUGUGUGUCAUAAGAUUGUAUAGUUCUAUCACAAACUCAUUCAGGGCAACACAUUUGUAAGUGCACUUCAGAAAGCUUUUAGUUGUAUUAGAAGGCUACUUCUUAAACUUGAUCACCAAUCAAAUCAGGAUACUUGAAACCACAUUUCUUUUUGAACAGCAAGGUUUCUGUUUUGUUUUGGUUAGGUUACAGGUUUACUCAAUGUUCAAUUGUAUAGAAAUUUGUAGCAAGCAUCUCAGGAUAAAUUGUAGAUUAGGAUAAUCAUCAGUUUAUAAAGACCAAUUUUUAUUGUCUCCACAGUGGAGGAACUGGAUGGUUGCACGCCAGACAUGACAGUGCCUAAUUAAACCAUCCUGUUCCUGUUCCCAUUACAUUUGCUGCCAUUUUCAGCUAGUCCUGGAAUCUGGUAGCUCAUUUUAGGUCACCCCUCAUUAAUGUUUGAUCCUAAUAACUUCUAAUCGCCAAGCGCAGCAACCUAUUGAAACCGUUGGAUUUUCAGCCCACUGUACUGACUAGCAACCGUCCCCUUCCCAUUCUAAUAGGCAGUAUCCUGUGGCGUUUGAAUGCUGGUUUAGUGGUUCCAACUCACCAACUUGAAUGAAAGUCCAUCAAUUAAAUUGGCUUGCACCCCUCCUCAAGGACGGUAUUGUCAGACAAUGUGGCCUCUUCAUCCUUUGACAUCCUGGUGUUGGCAAUAUUUAAAAUCAAUGUCAUGAUGGCACAAAAUAGUUUUAGAACUGCAGCUUACUAACAUCAUGCACUGAGUUCCUCACAUCAGUGCUAACCUGCUGUAGGGAUUGUAGGAUAGAAUAAAUUUACUCCCUUUCCUCCACAGUAUUAUUGUUCUCUUCAAAGAUACUGUGGUCAGCUCCGGGUCACAAAAUUAUUCCAACAGCCAUUGACAACUUUAUCUUUCACUUCUAUAAUUCUCUGUCUAAACAAGUCAGCAUUUUCAUCCCACACUCUUGAAAACCUCCUGAAAUUACACUUGUUUGAACACCCCUCAAUUAUUCCCAUAUUUCGCCCCAUGUCCUUUUUUUAUCAUUUUCACCUUACUCUGAAGUAGAGCUCAAUAUUCUGUAUUUAUUCACUCAUGGGAUGCGGGCAUCUCUGGCUCGGCCUGCAGUUAUUGCAAAAUAUUAAUCACUAGUGCCCAAAGGGCAGUUAAGAGGCAACCACAUUGCUGUGGGUCUGGAGUCACAUGUAGCCCAGACCAGAUAAGGACGGCAGUUUCCUUCCCUAAAAGUCAUUAGUGAACCAGAGGGGCUUUUCCAUUAAUUGACAAUGGAUGCAUGGUCAUCAUUAGACUCUUAAUUCCAGAUUCCUUGUUGAAUUGAAAUCCUACCAUGGCAGGAUUUGAAUGCAAGUCCCCAGAACAUUAACUGGGAUUCUGGAUUAAUCACCUAACGAUAAUACCACUAGGUCAUGGCCUCCCUUAGCUGAAGCUAACGCUGUGUUGUGGGCAAUAAAGCAAUCAGUUUAGACAUAGCAGAUUCCAAAGACUGGUGAAUGGGGAUACCAUCAGUGCCACAUUUACUCUAGGAGUCACAGACAACCUGAAUGGGACACAUAUUGUUAUUCCUGGGUCAAAAUUCCUCAGCUCUCCACUGUAGAACAUUACAGGAAGAGUACCCAUACUAUAUAGCCUGCAGCAGUUCAACAAGGAAGCUCACAACUACCUUCUCAAAGCUAAUUAGGAAUGGCCAUCCAUGCUGUGUGAUUGAAUAAGGAGAAGCAAUGAGACAAAUGAUCAGAAACUCUACUUCACUGUUGUGAGUUGAGGGAUAAAUAUUGUCCAGGACAUUGGGGAGAACUCUCCUGCACUUCUUUGAAUAGUGUCAUGUGAUCUUUUCUGCCUAUCUGAGAAGACACAUGUCAUUUUAACAGAUCACCCAAAAUAUGUCAUCCCCAAUAGUGAAACACUGGCACAGAAUUUAUGGAGUGGAGCCUGAGUCCACAACCUCCUGACACAGCAGAGAAAAGAUGUUUCUAUACAGUUCCUUGUUUACCAGCAACAAUAUUGGACUCCAAUAAAUAAUUUACUGUGUGAAAUGCUUGGAGAUAUUUUAUCCGCAUGAUAAGGCAUGUAUAUGAAUGAGACAUGAAUGUACUUUUUUUUUGGUACCACACCUAAUAAUUUCAUUAUUGCAAUUGUUAAAGUAGGAGUCAAUGGAAUUAUAUACAAAUGCAUUGAACCUUCAACUUUUACAAUCGACUUUAAACUCUCAAUGAAAAUGGUUGCUUUUCUGCUAUGGGUUACAAAUAUUACAUUUCCAACAAAAAUCUCUAAUUUGAUAAAUGUGCCUCAGUUCUUCCCCAAUUUUUUGUUUUAUCUUGCUUUUGGAGACCUGAUGACUUUGCGAUGUUUUGAUCCAGGGCUGUAUUUUGUAACCACUGUACCUGCACUGCACCAGUUCUUAGAUUUAAUCCCCAUGGUUUACACAGGUUUGUAGUAAGGCUGCUUGUCUGUAAUAUACAUUAUUCAUUUUAAAGAUGUAAAAUGUAUCAAUAAUGAAAUUUAAAAAAAGAUUUUUAGGGGAAAAAAAUGAGAAUUUUCCCUGUGAAAUUGUAAUAAACUAUCCAUUAGUAAAUA